AUGGAAUGCUCAUCGUUUUCCCGAACGUCACCGUCGAGAAAAACGAAGUUUCUCCGGCGAAUAAUUUCGCCGGCGAUCCGAGGGCAAUAUUGUCCAAUUUGCCUGGAAUACCUCCAUGGACGGACCUCUGCGGUGCUCACGGCGUGCAACCACGCCUACUGCGAGCAUUGCAUUCGCAAGUGGAGCUUCUUCAGACGAAAAUGCCCUCUCUGCAACUCCGAUUUCGACUCUUGGUUCUCCCGCAUCAGCUUCUCUUCUGGAAAGUUCCAUCGACACCGCUUACCGCCUCUCGAAACAACAAGUUCUAGAAACUUCCGCUUCGAAGAAGAAGAAGAACGUCCUCGAAGGAUCGCGAUAAAUUCUUCUCGGCGGCGAACGACGCCGGUGCCGUGGCGGCGGUCGUUUGGACGGCUGGGAUCUGUCGGUGCUGACGUCAUUGCUCAGAGAAAACUUCAAUGGCGUGCGAGCAUAUACGAGCGACGUUUGAAAGCUGUUCCUUUAACAUCAGUAGACCGUGUUGAACAGAAUGUAUCGGGAAAUAGUGGUGCGAGGGAAAGGAUAUUGAGGAGAAUAGAGCCGUGGGUUCGAAGGGAGCUACAAGCUGUGCUUGGUGACCCAGAUCCAUCUGUGAUUGUUCAUGUGGCGACUUCACUUUACAUUGCGACCCUUGAAAAGAAGGUUCAUUGCUCUUCUGGACAGCCCGGUCAAGGAGAUCAGUUCCUCACGGAAUUACGUGCAUUCGUGCUUGACAAAACCGACCUUUUUUGGCAUGAAUUCAGAUGUUUUGCGGAGAGUUCAUUUACCAUGGAAACAUAUGAUGCAGUGGUUGAAUAUACGCAGUAGAUUGGUAAACUGGAGCAGCAUUAUUUCAAUUUGCAAGUGCUGGAAAUGGCAUCAGAAAAACAGGGUUCUUUAUCAGUUGGAAUUUAAGCCUCUAUGGAAGCCUCUUUCCAAAGAAAGUUUUUCAUCCUUCUUAAGCUUCUGUUAUGGAAAUCAUGAUCCAAUUGGAGCAUUUUUUUUUAUGGUUCUGCUUCUACCACUGCAAGCAAAAUGAAGAUCGUUUGCGGGAGCGGAGAAUAAUUUGCAGGAUAAUUUGCUUGCAAUCUAAAAAUCAGCUUUGCUGGUUUAGGAAUUAAAGGAGGCUCAACAGUCCACAUUCCAAGCUUUGGAAGAGCUUAUUGGAACCCAUGGAAAAUGGGGAAGGCCUUAUGGUGAAGAGCAAUGGAUGGUCUCGUAACAAGAGCAAAUCUGAACAUUUUUAUUCCGUGUUAAAUGCACUUGGCAUGAUAGGGGAAGAAAGAUCAAACCGUAAUAAGAAAAGUAAUUGGUUUAAAUUAUAUUGCUUUUCUCAGUGUUUAAUUGUUUUUGAAAC